AAAUUAAUUUCAAAAACAAAUCUGCGCUUUCCAAGCGCGGGUCAAAAUCUAGUAUAGGUUAAGUAUUAAAAAGUUAUCAAUUAAUUAUUUUUAUAAAGUAAUAAUAAAAGAUUUUUCAGUUGACCAUCACGUGGAUAUCUAAUGAUUUCUACCGUAAGGGCAUCUCCAUUGAGAGUUCAAUGGGGGAGUUCACACGGUUUUCGAAAAAGAAAAAUAUUAAAAUAAGUAAAAGUGGUGAACCUGUCUCUUGCAAGUUCACUGCAGUGAACCCGGGUCAACACUGUAGCGCGGGUCCCACGGCACGUGGCGGCCCGCGAUUGGUCCGAUUAAUUUUUUUUUUUUUUUUUUUAAACAAAAUUCAAACAGAAAAAAAAAAUAAUAAAAAAAUGUUUUGUGAAUCCCUCCCAUAAGGUUCACUGAUGUACAUGGCCUAAAGUACAUUAAAUUAUAACAUUUAUCGUAACUCUACUCGGAUAUUCCACCUCUGAAAGCAAUGUUUAACAGAUUAAAAAAAAUGUUUACAUAAACAUACUUCAUUUUUUUGGUCUAAAUAUAAACAUGCUUUCUUUUAUCCACGGUGAAUCUAUACACUUUAAGAUCUUUACACGUGUAUCCAAGGUCAGUGGCUUCUUCCUUUUUUAAUCGUUUGGAACUAGUUCCUCUUUCCAUACAGCUGCGAAUCUCUUCUCGCAGAAGAAACCCUAAAUUUAUCUGAUCCAUCUCAGAACAUGGAAAUUACUUUUCGUUUUAAUGAAACCGACAGAGCCGCCUUUACAAUUAACGUUCCGUCAGGUGGUGGAUUCACAGUUAACUUUAAACCCGUCGGCCAACUCGUUCCACCGGCUGGUGGCCGAUUAAACAACAAUGGAUCCCACGUUCACCCUCAGGCUAGUGGUGGUUUCACAAUCAACGUUAACCCUAUUGGCCUACCUGUACCACCUGCCAAUGAACUAAACGUUAAUGGAGCCCAUGUUCAUCCUCCUUCGGCUGGUGGCGUCAAAGAGAAAUAUGAAUCUGAAAACCCUAAACACUCUGAUCCCUCUUUGAAAAUGGCCAACCCUAGGGUUUUCUUUGAUAUGACAGUGGGCGGCAAACCAGCUGGUCGGAUCGUGAUGGAGCUCUUUGCCGACACAACACCACGGACGGCAGAGAACUUCCGUGCCCUCUGUACUGGCGAGAAAGGCAUUGGGAAGUUUGGUAAGCCACUCCACUACAAGGGAACAAUCUUCCACAAGGUAUUUCCCAAUUAUACCUUGUGUGGAGGAGAUAUCAUUGGUGGCGGGGAGGAACCAGGAGGCGAAUGUAUCUAUGGAAGUAGGUUUUUCGACGACGAGAACUUCAUCAAGACGCACAGCGGUCCAGGUAUCCUCACCAUGUGGAAUUGUAGAGAAAACACCAACGGAUCUCAGUUCAUGAUCUGCUUGAGGAAGAUCGUGGAAUUUGACCAAGAAUGCGUCGCGUUUGGCCAAGUUGUUGAGGGAUUGGAUGUGAUUCAGAACAUUGAGAAAGAGGUCGGCCGACCUGAUCUUAGCGGCGUGCCUAACAAGCUCGUGGUGAUUGCCGACUGCGGUCAAAUUUCCUAGGUCUCAGAGAUUUUUAUCCUUUUGUUUUCAUGUUUUGUGUGUCUUUUGUUCUUGGUUUGGAUUUUAUUUUGGUAUGUUUCACUCGAGUUUGGAUUCGCUACCAUUGAAUAAGAAUAAUUAGUGAUAUUAUUGGUUAUUAUAUCAUCACAAGUGUUUUUAACGAUGGUUCUUAUUAGAGUCACAUCU